CUCUCGGAUCGUUCUCACAAAAGAGAAACGCAUCAAUGGACUAAAAAAAAACCCAUCCCGAGACUCGUUCCCUCUCCGCGAGUGGCAAACCCCCGCGACACCGUCAUCCCCAGAGCCGCCCUCACCCAUACAAGCCCCCCUUCACCCCGUGAACCCGAAAAUAACCCCUCGAGAGCCCCAAAAAAAUCCGAAACAAAACCCACAGGCGCCUGCGUUUCCUAAAAAAAACUGUAGUGGUGGCUAAAGUGAUCAGGGGGAGGGGCGCAGGCUCGAGUGAUGUUUCCGACAGACUGUAGCUCUACCUAGCCCUCACAAUCGCGCAUAAAACCCCCGGAAAAACCCCUCAUCGUCCCCCGAAACUCCCUUGCUCAGUCAAACACCUCGCGACAAUUGCUCCGAAUUAUUUUUCAAAAACGCGGAGAAAACAUUAAUUCGGACUCACGGAGGAGUCCGACAGAAUUCCCCGAGUGCCACCGAGUACUGUCAACGAGAAGAUGGCCGCCAGUGUUGGGUGCAAGUGUUCGCCAUUGUUUAAUCUUUUAGGUUUUUAAGUUGUAAAAAAACCAGUGUCCCAGGUUUUUCGGUUUUUCUCCUUCGUUCGAGGAUUUUUUUUCUUUUUGGGGGAAAAUUUUUUUUCUCACCCCCGGGGGGACUUUUUGAGGGGGAGGAGAGGGCCGAGUGGGUGGUGCUUUGUGCAGAGUGUUUGUGAGACAUUUUUUUUGUUAAAAAGAGGAUUGAAAAAUGCCGAGUGCUCCCUUCAGCUCGUCGAGGAGCUACGUCAGGAGGUCCAGGAGAAAAAUCACUAAUAGGAUCCCGCUGCCCUCGAGGACCUCUUCUGCGGAGCCAUGCGACCUCCUGUGUCCCGCAUCAAAUCAAAUUCCACCAGGUGGUGGUGGAGCAGGUGGUGCACGUGGAACGUCGCCGAGUGUGUCAGGUGUAGCAGCGCCAUCCCCAUCGCCGAGCCACUCUCACUCAUCUCCGUAUGACCUGAGACGCAAGAGUCCACCACAUCCAGACCCAGCGCCUGGCACAAGCUCAGCGUUACCACCACAGGGUGGCAGUAGCAUUGCAGCUGCACUCGGUUCAUUCACUCUACCAGCGAGAAAACGACCCAGGCGGACAUGUUCGAUGUCGACUGAUGGCACAAACACAAACACAGCAGCGCACUACCUCCUCUACGAGCUCCCCGACGAGGUACUCCUCACAAUUUUCAACUACUUCCUGGAGAUCGACCUCUGCCGGAUGUCACAGGUCUGCAAGCGCUUCCAGGCGAUAGCCAACGACACAGAGCUCUGGAAGUCGUUGUACCAGCAAGUCUACCAGUACGACUUGCCCCUCUUCAACCCAGCCCCCUGUAAAUUCGAGUUCGUCUCCCCGGAGGACUCGGACUACCCCAAUCCCUGGAAGGAGUCCUUCCGCCAGCUGUACCGAGGUGUUCACGUGCGUCGAGGCUUUCAGGACCUGAAGUUCAAGGGUCGCAAUCUCUCGUACUUCGACACCAUUCAGUUCGCCCUUGACUACGUCGAGGAGUACAGAAACUCGUCCAAUUCCUCGACCCCCCACACCCCCACGACUCCCUCAUCGACGACCUCGACGACCCCCAGCACCCCCUCGACAACCCCCCAGAACCCAUCCACCUGUACAAAUCCCCAGUUGUCCCCCCCAGACGCCCCGGACUCCCCUCAGCCCAUCGUAUUCCUUCACAAGGACACCUACAGAGGCGAAUUUCUCAUCAUCGAUGCUGACGUUGCCCUCAUCGGUGCUGCCCCGGGUAAUGUCGCUGAAUCCGUUAUACUCGAGCGUGAGACUGAAUCCACUAUGAUGUUCGUGGAGGGGGCGAAAAGAGCAUAUGCAGGUCACCUAACCCUGAAGUUCACCCCCGAAGUGACCAGCACAGUGCCCCACCAUAAGCACUACUGCCUGGAGAUCGGUGAAAACUGCUCGCCAACAAUCGACCACUGCAUAAUCCGAAGUUCCUCAGUGGUUGGAGCAGCUGUUUGUGUCUCAGGUGGAGGUGCCAACCCCAUUGUCAAAAACUGCGACAUCUCAGACUGUGAAAACGUCGGUCUCUACGUGACAGACUACGCCCAGGGUACCUACGAGGACAACGAGAUCUCCAGGAACGCUCUGGCUGGCAUCUGGGUGAAGAACUACGCGAAUCCGAUAAUGAGACGCAAUCACAUUCACCAUGGGAGGGACGUGGGAAUCUUUACGUUUGACAAUGGUCUGGGGUACUUCGAGGGAAAUGACAUUCACAACAAUAGAAUUGCUGGGUUCGAGGUGAAAGCUGGUGCUAAUCCAACAGUCGUUCAGUGUGAGAUACAUCAUGGACAGACUGGGGGAAUCUAUGUUCAUGAGAAUGGGCUUGGACAGUUCAUCGACAACAAGAUACACUCGAAUAAUUUUGCCGGUGUCUGGAUCACCUCCAACUCAAAUCCAACAAUCAGGAGGAAUGAGAUUUAUAACGGACAUCAGGGGGGUGUUUACAUCUUUGGUGAGGGCAGGGGGCUCAUUGAACAUAAUAAUAUCUAUGGGAAUGCUCUGGCUGGGAUUCAGAUCAGAACGAAUUCAGAUCCCAUUGUCAGACAUAACAAGAUUCAUCAUGGACAGCAUGGGGGCAUUUAUGUUCAUGAGAAGGGACAGGGACUCAUCGAGGAGAACGAGGUUUAUGCUAAUACAUUGGCUGGGGUCUGGAUAACCACUGGAUCGACCCCAAUCCUCAGGAGAAAUAGAAUUCACAGUGGAAAACAAGUUGGAGUUUAUUUUUAUGACAAUGGACAUGGAAAACUCGAGGACAAUGACAUAUUCAAUCAUCUGUACUCUGGUGUGCAGAUCAGAACUGGUAGUAAUCCUGUUAUCAGGGGUAAUAAGAUAUGGGGGGGACAGAAUGGUGGAGUGCUUGUUUACAAUAGUGGACUGGGACUGCUGGAGCAAAACGAGAUCUUUGAUAAUGCCAUGGCUGGGGUAUGGAUUAAAACUGAUAGCAAUCCCACACUCAAGAGAAAUAAGAUUUUUGAUGGACGAGAUGGGGGAAUUUGUAUAUUCAAUGGGGGCAAGGGGGUCCUCGAGGAGAAUGAUAUAUUCAGAAAUGCACAGGCUGGGGUGCUCAUAUCUACGCAGAGCUAUCCUGUCUUGAGGAGGAAUAGGAUCUUUGAUGGAUUGGCUGCUGGAGUUGAGAUCACCAAUAAUGCCACUGCUACGUUGGAGUUCAAUCAGAUUUUUAAUAAUCGGUUUGGGGGAUUGUGUUUGGCUACUGGGGUCAAACCUACGUCGAGAGAUAACAAAAUUUUCCAAAACCAAGACGCCGUGGAGAAGGCAGUGGAGAACGGCCAGUGUCUCUACAAAAUAUCAUCGUACACAUCCUUCCCAAUGCACGACUUUUAUCGCUGUCAGACGUGCAACACAACUGAUAGAAAUGCGAUAUGUGUUAAUUGUAUACGGACGUGUCACGCUGGGCAUGACGUUGAGUUUAUUAGGCACGACAGAUUUUUCUGCGAUUGUGGCGCUGGAACAUUAUCCAACCAGUGUCAACUCCAGGGCGAGCCAACCCAAGACACAGACACCCUGUACGACAGUGCAGCCCCCAUGGAGUCUCACACGCUCAUGGUCAACUAGGAAUUAACUUAACGAGUAAAUGAAAAAUCUAUUAAUCUCGAAACAAAUCGAACAAUCAAAAGUACCCCAAACGGAGUCCCCGAGAUAAAUAUCGCAAGUAGAUCCAUCACUAAUACAACAAUUUUAUUUAACCGAUCAAUGCUUUUAACCUGAAAAAGAUAAAAAAUUCAAUAACGAAUUGAAUUAAUUAUCACUCGUUGCAGACUAAUCAUUAUUUUAUUAAAUCGAUAGCUCCAUUUGUUAAUUAAUUUCAUUAGUUUAUCAUCAUCAUGACGACUAGGACACUUUCCCUCACUCAUUUAAAUAACGAGGGAAUUCUUUUUUAUUUUUCUUUUUUUUUCAAUAACUAAAAUCGAAUUGACGAGUUUAAUCUGUUAAUCUAUCAUGUAAAAAUUCAAUUCUCCUGUAUAAAGUAGCGAAGAUAAUUGAACAGGAUGUGAAUGAAGAAUACACUGCCAUGAAGUGUAAGAAAAUGUGGAAAUUAUUGAGGAAACAAGAUUAUUAAAAAGCAAAAUGGUGAAAUUUUCGUAGAAGAGAUUGAAAUAAAACAGGUCAUUUUCAAUUUGAAAUAUCUCGGGAUCGGUAGAGUGAAAUUGGACAAAUCGGGCGUCAUUUUCAAGGCAUUUUUUCACCCUUUGAAAUGAGCGCAGACUUACUCAAAUCGUACCAUUUGUUCAGAAGAUAUUGAAGAUGAAAAAGGAACUAUUUAUCUGAUCUCUCCUAAUGAAAAAUCACAACUUCUGUAAUUUCUUAAUUAUCUCGUUACUGGCUGGUUCCAGCGAAAAAUGUCAAAUAACCUUUUUUGCAGAUAAUUAAAUUUCCACCAAAAAAUGUCUAAACACAUUUCCUUCUAAAACCAACGGUUACCGAGAUAAUCCAACUUUUCGAAGGUGUGAGAAACCCAUUUUGCAAUAACAAUGCAUGAAAUUACCUAAAUGAAGACAAUUAACCACGGCCCCUCGAUAAUGAUGAUACUUUCGUUCGUGAAAAAAAUGUGAUGGUCCUAAACUGCCCAAGGGCGAAGUGCAUAAUAAGACAAGAAUAAUUUAAUUAUAGCGAUGCAAAAAAAAUUAGAAAUAAACAAUUAAUUCCCCAAAUUACACGAUAUAAGAUGGUGUAUACCAGUGAAAAUGCGAUACGAAAAAAUAGAAAAAUCCAGCAAUUUUCGUAAUUGAAUGAAUCAACUACGAAAGACUAAGACAAAUCGCAUUGAUUGAAGCUAAAAAUCGAUUAAACAUAUACAUAAAAAAUGUAAUCUCGAGUUUCUACGGUAAUUCAAUUUUUUUACACUAUUACUUUAGCAAUAAUGUACAUUCAUAAAUGAUGAAAUAAUUGUCUCCAGGGGUUAAUGACUAUGCAUCAGUCGAUUAUCGUAAAUAAUCCCUCGAAAUAAUUGAAUUUUAAAAUGAAUGAGAAAAAUCCCGAGUUGCGCCUACUAGGAUUAUUUAACUAGGCUGCAUUAAACGUUCUAAACAAUUAAAAAAAAAAUUAAAUAAGUAGGUAAAGGGCAAUUUUUCCGGUUAUUUCGAGAUAAUUUUGUAUGCAAAUGACCUCAGAAACGUAAUCCAAGUACCCAAAAGUGUCAUAUUACGUAAAAAUAAAAAAAAAUGUUACGUUAUUUUCUUAAUUGAAUGGAGGAUUGAAGCAUUGAACUAAUUAGGUAUUAAUUAAUGAUGAUCCUAUGCAGCUUGGAUGACGUACUUUCGUGUGAUUUAAUUUGAAUCUGUUCUGUUCAUGUUCUGUAUUAUAAAACGAAUAAUCUCUUUGAUUAAUUGAGUUGAUAAUUAAUUAACUACAUUGUCAUGUAAGGAUGAAUGAGAGGUGUUUUAGCAUAUUAUAUUUUUUUAUUUCUAUCGUUCUCAUCGGUUUCACGUAGUUAAAUGUAUGACGCAAUUAGUGUAAAUCGAGGAUUAGGUAGUUAAGGUGAAUUUAUUAAAUGUCUUCGAAUUGACUGAUAAUUGGUCAUCAGUUUUUACUUUUUGAAAUUUAUUAUUUUUCUUUUCGCAUUUACUUUUUUUGUUGAUGUGUCCUGCACCUU